GGAUUACAGGCGUGAGCCCCUGCGCCUGGCUCGAGACCUGAGGUUUCUUCACCUGAGCUCCCAGCAUGGGCAGGAAGAGUUGGGCCUCACCUGACCUCCACAGAGCAGGCUCAGAUCCUGCCCUUCUCAGCCUGGGUUCAGGGCAUGCCUCAGAUGGUCAGGGAGCCCAGGAGGGCAAAGCUUACCUUGCAGGGAUGGCUGCAGUGGGGGUGCUGGUGGCAGAGAGGCAGAGCCCUUGGAGGGAUGUGUGUAGUUUGUCUUUGGUGAAGGAUGGAGAGGGCCCAACUUUGGGUGCCCCCUGGGAGCUAAGGGUGGUUCUCGGUGUCCUCUGUCCUGGCUGGGGAUGGGGGAGGUGGGCAGGGGAGGACACUGAUGUGGUUGGCCCCUCCUUUUGGGGGCUGUGAAGGCCCAGUUAGUGAUGACUCACCCCUGGGCCACACCAGGCUGGGGGUGGCCGCAGCUGCAGCACAGCUGAUCCUAGUAGUGACGACAGGGGAUAGCCCCCAAACAGAGACGGGGUGGUCAGCGGUGCCAGGCCCUGGAGGUGGUGGCAGACCCUGAGCCCUCUGCCCCCUGCCCCUAGCCCAUGUCUCCACCCCCAAGGUCUGGAGGGCCUUGGGGGCUAAGAGCAGGUGAGGGGUGACAGUUCUGCGGGAGGCGGCUGUGUGGUUGGGGCGCGGUGCCUGCGGGGGCUUCCGGGCUCCCCUGGCUCUUGCUCCUCUGGAGCCUCAGCAGGACUGUCCUGUGUUCUGGGGCCGGGACUCCUCCCUGUCCCCUCAGCCCUGGGUCCUGGGGCAGGGCAGGGCCUUCCAGCAGCUUCCUUCCUUCCUUUCUUGGGACGGAAACCUAGCUGGGUGGGGGGCGCCGGGCUGGAGCCUUCGCAGGGGAAUGGGCUCAGUCAUCACCCUGCUCCCCAGAGUGACUCAGGCCCCACGUCCCCACCCAUCCCCGGGGAGCCAGGGCCGCAGAGGGAGGUAGAUAAGUGGGGUGGCAGCCUGGGUUGGCCAGAGAGUUCAGGCCACCCCAGCCGGACGCCUGCCACUCACUGCCGCUGUGCCGCUGUCAUGGCGCGCUCCGGGAGUGCCAUGCCACCUGCCAGGGCUCCGGGAGCCCCUCCACGGAGCCCACCCCAGAGGCUGAUACAGGAUGUCAGGGGGCCCCUGAGGGAGCUGCGCCCUCGGCUCUGCCACCUGCGAAAGGGACCUCAGGGCUAUGGGUUCAACCUGCAUAGCGACAAGUCCCGGCCCGGCCAGUACAUCCGCUCCGUGGACCCGGGCUCACCUGCCGCCCGCUCUGGCCUCCGCGCCCAGGACCGGCUCAUUGAGGUGAACGGGCAGAAUGUGGAGGGACUGCGCCACGCUGAGGUGGUGGCCAGCAUCAAGGCACGGGAGGACGAGGCCCGGCUGCUGGUGGUGGACCCUGAGACAGAUGAGCACUUCAAGCGGCUUCGGGUCACACCCACCGAGGAGCACGUGGAAGGUCCUCUGCCGUCACCCGUCACCAAUGGAACCAGCCCUGCCCAGCUCAAUGGUGGCUCUGCGUGCUCGUCCCGAAGUGACCUGCCUGGUUCCGACAAGGACACUGAGGAUGGCAGUGCCUGGAAGCGAGAUCCCUUCCAGGAGAGCGGCCUCCACCUGAGCCCCACGGCGGCCGAGGCCAAGGAGAAGGCUCGGGCCACACGAGUCAACAAGCGCGCGCCGCAGAUGGACUGGAACAGGAAGCGCGAGAUCUUCAGCAACUUCUGAGCCCCUCCUGCCUGUCUCGGCGCCCUGGGACCCCUCCCGCACGGAUCUUGGGCCUCAGCCUGCCUCGAGCUCCCCCAGCCUCAGUGGACUGGAGGGUGGGCCUGCCAUUGCCCAGAAAUCAGCCCCAGCCCCCGUGAGCCCCCAUCCUGCCCCUGCCCGCCAGGUACUGGGGGCCUGUGGCAGCAAGAUGGGGGGAGAGAGACCCAGAGAUGUGAGAGAGAGAGGCAGACACAGAGAGAGAGAGAGAGAGAGAGAGAGAUGGAGCGACGGCUGCGGGGUGAGGGCCUUUGCUGCUCUGCUGGGGCCUGCUGACUGAAAGGAAUUUGUGUUUUUGCUUUUUUUCCAAAAAGAUCUCCAGCUCCACACAUGUUUCCACUUAAUACCAGAGCCCCCCCCCCACCCCCCCCCCACUUCCCCUCCCCCUUGGGACGCGCUCUAAAUAAUUGCAAUAAAACAAACCUUUCUCUGCAAACCAUUUCCUCCCCGCCCCCUCCCCUCAGCAGCGGCUGUCCUGAGUGGGAGUCCCUGGGACUUCCCAAUGGCCAAGCUGGGGCCCCCAGCCUGUUCGUGGGGACCUCGGGUAACGCCAGGGAGGCCUGAUGUGGCCAUAAGAGCUGCCCCUCCCCACCCAGCUACCCUGUGUGCCUGUGCCCUGCUGGGAGUCUGAAGCGCAGGGCCUGGGCUCUCCGAGGGGCGUGAGGAUGGAGGCCCCCCCGUCCCCAAGGAGGGCGGCCUCUGGACAGGCCCCUCAUUCCGCACGGCAGCUCCCAGGCCUGGGGAACGUACGUGUGUGAGAGCGGCACCCGGGAAGGACUCCUGGCCUCUGGCUCAGCCCUCCCUGGCGGGCUCCCCCAUGGACACCUGUUGACUUUGCACUUCCCUCCCGGGCCCCGCAUCCCUGAACCGACCACGGAUCGACCGGCACCGCUGCUGCCUCGUAAGCCAUAGCGCAUGCGCGCGCUCAGAAUAAACAGGCCCUGCCUGGGA